AAUACACCCAUAGUAACUAAUCUGUUAUAUCCGAAUGGGAAGAUAUCUAUCUAUUAUGAGAACAAUAUUUUUGAAAUUUCAAACACUACAGUGUGCGGAAUCCGUGGAUUCUUUCAAUGUAAAACAGCAAUUUGUCCAAUACACAAUUCAUUUGAAGCAUGUCGAAAAGCAACAACAUCGAAUGUAAAAUGUAUUUGGUGUGAGAAAUGGAACACGUGCAUCGACAGUCAUCAUCAGGAUCAUCAUUUCUUUAAAGUGAAUGAUUGCCAUUUUAAGAGCCCGGAUGUUAACGAUGUGAGUACAUCGACACCCGUCAAUCAAAACGGAACAACAUUUGGGAUCCCUGAAGUUCAGGUUGGAGGAAACGUCAAGGAAACUACCAAUGGAAAUGAACAAUACUCGAGCCCGGAUGUUAACGAUGUGAGUACAUCGACACCCGUCAAUCAAAACGGAACAACAUUUGGGAUUCCUGAAGUUCAGGUUGGAGGAAACGUCAAGGAAACUAC